AUGAACGGCCAGCCCAACGCCGCCAACAACCCGCGCCGACGGCGGAAGAGAUCAGCAGCCGCCGCAUCCACCACCUACACCGGAUGGCUGCUCGAUAAGGCCCUGAAGAUCGCCGUGUGGUACAGCAUCGUCACCCUCGCCUUCCGAUGUCCCCAGACGAGCGACGGCCUGACCGACGAGAGCCCCAAGAUCUGCCGACCGAGUUUGCAGGCCAAGGAGUUCGUGCAGCCGUAUGUGCGGCCGUACUAUGAGCAGUAUCUCGAUCCGUACGUGCAAAAGGCACAGCCGUACGUGGAUCAGGUGAACGAUCGCGUCUACAAGCCUGGGUUGGCGGCGUAUGAGCAAUAUGGAGCCCCACGGGUGGCACAGGCACAGAAGAUCUCGCAGGAGCAGUGGGUGAAGACGGUCAAGCCGCAGCUGGAUAAUGCACGACAACAGGCUGGGAAGCAGUAUGAGGCCUCGCUUGGCCCACACGUGAAGAAGGUCACGGACGUUGUCUACCCAUACUACGACCAAAUCUCCACUUCUGCGAGUGAUAUCUGGGAGCUGGAGGUCCAGCCGGUCUACCGCAACACCGCACCCUACGCCCACAAGAUCUACCUUCAGGGCCAGGACUUCGCUCUCAACCACGCUCUCCCAUACGGUCAAUACGCUGGCAACACCGCCUGGGCUGUCUGGACGCGCCAAGUCUGGCCUCGUCUGCGCAUCCUGUACGGCGAGAACGUGGAGCCACAACUCAACCGCAUCACCGAGCGUCUGGGCCGAUACAAGGACGGCAAGCGCCUGUCUGCCGAGAUCAAGAGCGUGGAGGCCGAGUCCGCCGCAUCCUCAUCCAGCUCCAAGCUCUCGUCAGUCGCCUCUUCCGUCUCGUCGACUGCUCGCUCUGCAGCCUCCAGCCCUGCCUCAGCAGCCAAGGAAGCCACUACGUCCUCCUCUUCCAGCACACCGACCCCGUCAGUCUCCCCCGUCGAGCAGUUCCGCCAAGAUCUCAAGAACUGGGAAUCCAUCUGCUCCCGCGCCACCACAGAAGGCGCCGACGAUCUCUCCGAGCGUAUCGCCGAAAUCUCCAACCACCAGUCCUCCUCCUCCGUCAACGGCGUCGGCUCCGCCCUCGUCGUCCAACUCGAAGAAACGGCCACCGGCGCCAUCAACUCCGUCAAAGCCCGCAUCCAAGCCGUCGUCGCCUCCAUCCCCGAAGACGCCGACGAGGCCAGGAUAGAAGAAGCAAACGAAGAACUCGUCACAGGCAUCCGAGCCGCGGGCCAGAGCAUCAAAACCCGCGCCCAGGCGGUGCGGGAAUGGCACACCACUUUCAAGAGCGAGCUGGACGACUUGGUGAACAAGGCUUUGGAGAGCACGAUCGAAACCGUCGCGGGCAUUCGCGAACUCCGGCUCACGGAGAUCGGACGACGCUACGCGGAUCAGGAGCUCCCGCAUAAGGAAUGGAGCAAAUACAACGACCUUAAGAAGGGCUCGCAAGGCUGGAGAGAUGAAGUCGGCAAAGUCGCGCACGGGCACUCUGCUGUCAAGGACGCCAGAGAGGCUGCCGAGGAGGUGGAGGCGAAGGGUAUGAGUGUUGCUGAGGAGGCGGCGAAAGAGCUUGGGAGGUUGAAGGGGGUGGCGAAGUGGAAGGUUGCGGCGAGGGAUGAGACGGAUGAUUUUAAUACUCGUGCUGUGCCUGCGGCGGCUGAGAGGGCGAGACAGCAGGUUGUUGGGAAGGCGGAGGAUGUUAAGGAGGCUGUUGCGGGCAGCGGGUCUGGUGUUUCUGACUCGGCGACUGAUACUGCGAGCAAGGCCUCCGAGGCUGUCGUGGGUAGCGAGACUGGUUCGGUGGAGAGCGCGGCGAGCGAGGCGAAGAAGUCUGCUUCCAGUGCUGCCAGCGCUGCGAGCCAGGCUGCUGCGGGUUCUGAGUCCGGUUUCUCUGACUCCGCUACGGAUGCGGCAUCGAGUGCGUCUGAAGCUGCCGCCGGCUCUGAUGAACCCUCAGUCAAAAGUGCCUCCGGCGAAGCGAAGAAGUCUGCCACCAGCGCUGCUUCUGCCGCUUCAGAGGCUGUCGCUGGUUCAGAGUCUGGCGUCUCGGAUUCCGCGACGGAUGUGGCAUCCAGUGCUUCUGAAGCUGUCGUUGGCUCCGAGACUCCCGCUGCAGAGAGCAUCUCUUCCUCGCUUUCGCAGAUGGUUGAAGAUAACGCUGGCACUAAGUCUCUCGGUCCCAAGGCAGCCAGUAUCCUCUCUGCUGGUCAAGCGAAGAAGGAUGCCGCGAGCCAGAGCGUCGAGUCUGCUGCUAGUGAGGCAUCUGGCGAAGCCGAAGAUACUGCUUCUGGUGCUUCUGGCAGUGCAUCCUCCUUGGCCGACGAAAUCUCAAGCAGUGCCUCCAGUCUAGCUGACGAAGCCUCCUCGACCGCCUCGACGGCUACGAAGAAAGUCUGGGGAGGCGCCAACGCACAAGUCCUCGUUGAGGCUCGCGAACCUAUCCUCGAUGACAUUGUCGACGACGAGCCUACCUACAGCGAGCGUAUUCAAGCGAUCAUCGACGGUGCAGGCGACCAGGCGUCUUAUUUGACGAAGAUCGUCGAGGAUGCGAUGAAGAACGUGGGCGUCACGGCAACGCAGCAGGGUACCGUGGAGAGCGCGACGAGUGUUGCCUCUGCGCAGUACGAGAGCGCGAUGGCCGCGGCGAGUAGUGCGUUAUUCGGCCCAGAGAAGGGAACGGCCGAGAAAGGCAGCGAUGCAGCAAAGGCCCAAUACGAGAGCGCCGUCACCGCAGCCUCCUACGCCAUCUACGGCACCCCAACGCCAGUCGGCGCAGCAUCUUCCGCCAGCUCUGCCGCGGCGUCCAUGGCCUCGCAGGUCAACGACGCUACCGCCAACAUCGCUGCGGGCGCCAGUGAACAGUACAACAACGCCAUCAGCCAAGCUUCCGUGCAGUACGAAGCAGCCAAAUCGGCAGUCUCCGUCCAAGUCUCCGGCACGCCUAAACCAGCGCACGAACAGGCCUACGCUUCAGUGGAGUCCGCCUACUCCGACUCCCUCGCCGCCGCAUCCGCCAAAUACCAAGACGUCGUCUCCGCUUUCUCCUCCCAGACCGUAGGCCUGAAAGGCACCCAAGGCGCUUACGAAAGCAUCUCCGCCAUCGCUUCAUCCCGCCUCUCCGACGGCUUGUCCGCGGCAUCCGCACAGUACGAAAGCGCGAAAGUGGCCGUAGGCGUUGAGCCCACGCCUGCCCACCAGGCUUAUCUUGCUUCUGCGCAGAGGAAGUACUAUGAAGGUGUCGGCAUGGCGCAUGACCGCUACUCGUCCUUUCUGCAGGCUGCGAGCAGUGCCGUGGGUGCUACGCCGACGGCCGGGUUCGCGGGUUACGCUGCUGCGGCGCAGGCGACUUAUAGCGCCGCUGUCGCGGCUGCGAGUGCCAGUAUGCAGAAUUUGAUGGAGGAAGCGAGUUCGGCUGCUGGCGCGACUACGAAAGGGACAGUCGAGGGGGUGGUGGAAAGUAUUUCCGUCCAGUAUCAGGAUGCGAUUGCGGCUGCGGAACGCCAGCUCAGCGCUGCUUCGACUCAGGCUAGCGAGGCGGUUUAUGGAUCCCAGACUGGGUAUGCCGAGUCCGUCGGCUCCGCUGCGAGUUCGGCGCUCUACGGCAGUUCGACCGGCUACGCUGAGUCCGUCGGCUCUGCUGCGUCUACUGCGAUAUAUGGUUCCGAGACCCCGGCUUAUGAGAGCAUGGCCUCGCGCGCCGCGGAGAACUGGGACGCGCUGAUCGCCCAAGCCAGCUCGCAAGUCUACGGCCAACCUGCCCCGUUUACUGACGAAGUCCUGUCCCAAGCAAGUUCCUACGCCUCCUCUGCCGGCUCCGCCGCCGCACAAGCAACAGAGUACGCUUCCCAGCAAUUGGACGCCGUGCAAGCCCUCCUCUCCGAGCUCGUCGCAGGCAAAGAACCCGCCUUCACCGACUCCGUCUACGCCCGUCUGCACUCCGCGUACUCGACCGCUUUUACCGCCCCCGCCGUCGCGGCGAGUUCAGCGAGUAGCUACGCGAGCGAAGCUUACGCUUCUGCGUCUUCGGCCGUGCAUGCGCUUUUCACCCCGCCGAGUCAGAUGGACAGUUUUAUGGAUACGCUAAACGCGCAGCUGGACGCUGCUGUCAAUGCCGCGAGCACGCAGGCUUAUGGGUCGAGUAAGGGGGUCGUGGAGCAAGCUACUUCCGCCGCUGCGAGUGCCGCCAGCGAGGCUAGCUCUGCGAUGAGCUCUGCCAGCAUUGUGGCGAGCGAAGCUGUUUACGGACAUGAGACGGCGUACGCGGAAGCUGCGUCCGCUUCUCUCGCCGGUAUCGCCGAAGCGGCUUCCAAGAGUUUGAGUGAGGCUAUCUACGGGCCCCCCACGGGGUCAGUGGAAGCCGCGGGCGCGAGCGCCGCGAGCGUUUACUCGAGUCUGACGGCCGCGGCGGCGGAGCAAGCCGCUUCCGCUAGCGCGUCGGUUAGUAAGGCUGUUUAUGGCGAAGAGCUGGGUUAUGUUGAAGGGGUGCAGGCGCAGAUUCAGGCGGCUAUGAGUAGUGCGCAGAGUAGGAUUGCGGGGUUUGGAGGGGAGGCGAGCAAGGCGGCGAGUGAGGUCGUGAGUAGUGUGAGUGAGGCGGUGGAGGGGGCGGCGAGUGGAGUGAGCAGUGUUGCUGGGGACGCUGUGAGUCAGGCUAGCGAGGCGGUGGAGGGGUUGAGCAGUGGGGUGAGCAGUGUUGCUAGUGAGGCGGCGAGUAGUGCGAGCAGUGUUGCUAGCGAGGCGACGGGGGGCGGCGGGGGGUGA